UUAGCCAGGUGUUUACACUGUAAAAACACACUCAGCUGGUCAGGUGUUCACAUUGUAAAAAGAAAACAUCCAGAUUUUUGUGAAAAAAUUUUUUAUUAACAGAGUCAGUUUGAUUGACAGCUCAUGUCAUUUCCUGUUGGUAAAUUAAUCAGUUCCCUUUUUCUACCUCAGGGACCAGUUUGGUUUGAAGCUCCACCUGUAAUCAGACUCAAUCACCUUCAGCUGGGACUGUCCCCUCUGUUACCAUGACGACAAGGUGAUUAGCUCACCUGGCUGCAGAGGGGAAAUCUCCCUCCACAGACACAGAGACACAGUUCAGUUUUCUGUUUCUGCUUGAACAUGAAAACUGCUGCUUUCAUCAUCGGACUCAUCUUUAUCUGCUGUCAGUUCACAGAACAAACAGCAGCUGAAGGAUUCAAGCAAACUGUUGUUCAGUCAGAGUGUCGGGACCGUUACUUGUGGAUCCAGGUGACCUCGGUACAGAUGCCUCGCUUCGAGGCUGUAGAUGGAAAUGGUGUUCACUCAAUCAGCGAGCAGCUCGCCUCACACUGUGGUUACACCAUCAGCACCUUCAAGAGGGACGGCUUCACCACCUUCAGAGCUUCAUACUACUCCUGCUUCACCCAAAGCCAGAACGACGAGGUGUUCACCUUCAGAUUUAAUGUGAUAGUGAGUGACGGCAGUGGUGGGUGGCUCAGCCACCUGGUCUCUGAAGUCUGUUCUGGUCUGAUCUGGACUCACAGAGAGAUCAUCUGUGAGGAGGACUACAUGGAGGUGAACGUGGAUAGAGAGUCUUCAUGUGGAGGUCAGUGGGGGGAGAGUGGACAGGUGUGGCAAGCUGCCCUCUCUCAGGCCAAGAGGACGGCAAGUUCAGUCUGGCAGCUGAUGUUCCUGCAGAGUGACGGACAAGUUUCCUCCAUGUCCAUCAGUGAGGCCCAGAACCGGGGCUACAGCCUGACCACCACCGCCCAGAGGGUGGUGCUUCGAUCCUCAUACAAACAGUCGCACGCCCAGGUGAUAACGGUGGAUGGCAUCCCUGUGGAGGUCAUACAGAUCUCUUUGUUCUUUAAGAAGAAGCUAACAGUGGUAAUGAUCGACAUGUCCAUGGCCUGCACAGUCAAUUCAGGUUCUUUUGAUGGUGCCUGGCUGCUCUGGGACAUCCCCUGGGUCAUGACCCCUCUGGUCGAGAGAGUAGCGACGUUUGAAAGUCGGAGCCUUGGUGUGGGGGUGGAGGGUGUCCUGCUGGAUGAACCCACUGCCACCACCAGAGGUUUCAGUCUGGUCCAGCAAGGAAGAUUAGUCCAGAUCGGGGUUCCUUUUGGGGCAGAGGGCGGCUACUGGAAGAGUUUAGUGGUGAACAACAUGUACAAGGAGAGGUACAUGAUCUUCGUGCUGUACGAACACAUCUUCUCUCUGCUGUACGAAGACGGCAGCAGCAUUGACACCAGACACCGAAUGCUCAGAGAGCUCGACACACCGCUGCUCUGCCGUCCACCCUUCAGCCUCGACCAGACCAUCAGUGAUGACCAGGUGUUCAGCAUCUACCUGGGAAACAUUCCUGCUGAUGUCAUUUUAGAAGAAGUGUGGAUCAACAGAAAGCAGUUGAUGAUAGCAGAGAGCAUAAAAGGAGGCAUCAGCAUCAGUCCUGUGGUUCAUGCUAACGGCAGCCGAGCCUACAAGCUCCAGCUGCCCUUUGAAGACAACGUUGUCCACUGGAUGUACUUGGGUGGAGGUGUAGUGCAGUACUCCAUAGAUAUAAACUUCACUUUAACAAUAAUGCCCCAGAGAGACUCCUACCACCACCACACAUCCAUCACAGCACAAGUGUUCGAUGCAUUCCCUCCAGAGAUCACAGCUCAGUGUUCUGAUGGAGGAAUCGCCUUCAGUGUGGUUCGACCGCCUCGAGCCAAGAGUCUCUGGGAGGUGGGUGUCAACCAUGAGCCUCUGACAUCACAGCUGGCAGCCCAGAGAGGGUACCACCUCCACAACGAUGCCCACAAAACCACCCUGGAAGUCCCUGUGUUCUCCAUUGGGUACACAUAUGAAGGCAUCAACCUGGCAAACUUUUAUGGAACAUUUAAGCUUCUUCUGAGAGACUCCAAAACACUGGAGGUCCAGACGUCCACCUCCAAACGCUGCCUCUUCAAAACAGAGGAUAUGAUGGUCUGUUCUGCAGACGGGACCAUGACAGUGGUAACAACUCUUACAUCCACCUGGCCCAUGGUGCAGCCUGAAAGAACCAGUCUGCUGGACCCCACCUGUGAACCUAAACAGGUUGACGGAUCAAGAGUCCUGUUUGAGUUCAAGGUGGACUCCUGUGGGACCAGAGCCAUGGUUGGGGAGUCGUACAUGGUCUAUGAGAACGAGAUCCUCCAUGACAGACAGCUGAUUGUGGACGGACCAAACUUCAUCUCCAGGGAAUCUCAGUUCAAGUUGACAGUGAGGUGUUUCUAUCCACUAAGUGGAGUCAACAGACUUUCUGUGGACAGGAUCUUCAGAUCAGAGACUCCCGGAUUUGGCUCAAUCAAAGUUUUUGAGAGCCUUAAAGAUUCAUCAAAUAAAGUCGAUGCUCAUGACUGUUCACAUCAGGAUUCUGGAUAUACCAUCAGUACCCCAACUAACCAGGUCCAACAAACUCCUGCAGCACGUGGAAUCCUGCCUCACCCUGCCAUCAGGCCUCAGCCCAAACUGGGAUCCAGCCACUUCAUUAGAGUACCAGGAGGACAUAACAAGCUGGUCUCAUACUCCAAAGAACUCCAAACUUUCCCAAUCCUGAAUCCUUCUCCUGAUCCCCAAACUGUUGGUGCCUACCAAGUCCCUCAGCAGAUUUCAUCUCAUCCUGGUCAUCUCAUGUCCAAGACAGAGGGCCAAAAUAUAUUCAACCCUUUAUCUAGUUUUGCUCCCAGGUAUGACCAGGUACUACACAGCAGCAUCCAGCUGUCAAACCUCAACACACCAAGCCUCAACUUUGCAGGAAUGAAAGGUGAAAAUUCAGGACCAAGAGAUGAUAUCCCAGCCUUGGUCUUGGAUUCUUUAAGUGGGACUCCUGAUUCUCCAGUUUCUGAACAAUUGCAAAGUAGCUUGGGAAGCUCUGCUCAGAUUCUGAGCCAUCACGGGUCCUCAGGUGGUGGGACAGAAAUGGCAAACAUGGAGGAGAGGGCGGCCAGCCAGCCUCAAAGUCUGUAUGAUCCUUUUCAAGCCUCCAAUCUUCACCAAGACCUUCAAUCACCAACUCAGGACAACCCAGACCUACACAGCAUAACCGGUAGCAAACUAAUCCUGCCCAGCAGAGAGCGGAAAUAUGUUCCUGCUGAUACCAAACACAAAAAUACCAUUCCUGAUUCAUCUAGAGGAACUCAGGACUCUGUCAGCAAUGAGCUGACAUCUACUGCAACCAGCCAAGUUGACCCUAACCUGGAGAGAACUGGGUCCAUUGAAAGGAGGAAUAUAGAGACAUUUCAGUCCAGAGUGCAGAACAUCAGAGUCAAACCUACGACCAAAUUUGUGUCUUCUGGACAUCUGAACCAUAAACCUGUCAUCAAACAAACAAAUGCACAAAUCUUUAAUCCCUCCCAGUAUAGUACUGGUCUGACAGCUGUCAGCAAUGAUGGGAACCACUGGACGUCCCAGCAGCUUCAAGACCACAGAGGUCCAAACACAAGACAGGAACAUUUGCCUGGAAAAACAGGUUUCCAAAAACUGAAGCAGGAACAAGGUGUUCACAGUUUCCGAGUCAAACUACAUCAAUCUGCAUCAGUGAUCACUGAUCUGUCCCCAAACCAGCAGGGACACCAGCAGAAACCGGUUCAUCAAAAACACCAGCAGAUACUAAUGCAGUCUGUGGCUGAGACAGGAAACAGAGGGGGACAGGAAUUUGCUUCAUCACUGAGAAAUGUCCUUCAUCCAACAGGUACAUCUCACAUUAGAGUCAGACCUGGUCCUGGUUUGUCUGGAGGAGUCCAGAUUCAUUACCAGUCCAGACUGCAGAACCUCCAGAACCCAGACUCUGUCAGCUCCACUCUGCAGAACACUUCAAACAUUCCUGUCAACAUUAGAGAAUAUAAACCAGCUGAUACCAACAUACAGAGCAAUCCCACUGCAGGAGGAGCUGGUUAUACUGGUCCUGAUGGUUCUACUGAUAUGAGUUCAGACCCAGUGAUCCACACAAGUUCAGACUGUGGCAGUCCGUAUGGAUCCAGUGUUCACCAAGGCAUCAUGAGAGGUAAACUGAUCAGCUGAUGAAGACCAGAAACAAAGAGCUUCUAACUGAUUCAAUAAAGGUUCAGUUUGUUCACA